GGUGGCAAUGGUUGUUCAACUAGAUAUUUUACCAGUCCUAAACCAAUGCCACGGUUGCAGCCAGUAAUUAGAACAGACUUCAUUUCGUUCGGCACGUUUUUGCCGUUUUUACGAGUAAACUGAUCUGGUUUGUCAUUUAUUGACUGUUCUUUAUUUUUGUUAAAUGGCGGUUUUCAAACCGCUGUUCAGUUGUGUCAGAUUUCAGAGUAUAAUACGUGUGAACUGUAAAAUAGGAAACGGAUAUGAUUUUAAUUCAAAAAUCUUAACGCCGAUGGGUGCAAGACUCGGUAGAUUAAUUAGUGCUAAAGCUUUAGGAGACAACGAAUACGACUUGAUUGUAAUUGGAGGAGGAUCAGGUGGCUUGGCAUGUGCUAAGGAAGCAGUUCAGCAUGGGGCUAAAGUUGCUGUCUUGGAUUUUGUGACACCUUCCCCCAUUGGUACAACAUGGGGUCUUGGUGGAACCUGUGUAAAUGUCGGUUGUAUACCUAAAAAGUUGAUGCACCAAGCAGCUCUUUUGGGUGAUGCUAUAAAGGAAGCCAAGGCAUAUGGAUGGGAACUUCCACCAGAGAAUGAUAUCAAGCACAGUUGGGAAAAGCUUCGGGAAGCUGUUCAGAACCAUAUCAAAUCUGUGAAUUGGGUUACUCGAGUUGAGCUGAGAGAAAAGAAAGUCGAGUACAAGAAUGCACUCGGCUCGUUCGUUGAUAGCAAUACAAUAAAGGCUGUCCUUAAGAACGGCAGUGAAACCAUUCUUAAAGCAAGUAAAUUUGUAAUUGCUGUUGGUGGCCGACCAAGGUAUCCCAACAUCCCAGGAGCCUUAGAGCUCGGCAUAUCGAGCGAUGAUUUAUUCAGCUUGGAAAAGCCGCCUGGCAAGACGCUUGUGGUUGGAGCAGGAUAUAUUGGCUUGGAGUGCGCUGGUUUUCUGAACGGCCUGGGUUAUGAUGCGACCGUUAUGGUGAGAUCUCGUCCCCUGAGAGGUUUUGAUGCAGAGAUGGCCGACUUUGUGACACGAGAGAUGCAGACAAAAGGUGUCAACUUCCUCUUCAAGUCCAUUCCAAAGUCUGUUGAAAAGCAGGCUGAUGGCAAGUUGCUAGUGAAGUGGACUAAUCUCUCCAACAAAACUGACUCCUCCGACACAUUCGACACCGUGCUGUUUGCCAUUGGUCGCAGACCUUUAACAGACGAGUUGAAUGUGUCCGCCGCUGGGAUCAAAGUAACCGAGAAUGGAAAAAUCAAUGCCCAUAAUGAGCAGACAAAUGUCGAUAACAUUUAUGCUGUAGGUGAUGUUUUGCAUGAAAAGCCUGAGUUGACUCCCGUGGCCAUCCAUGCGGGCAGAAUGCUAGCAAAGCGAUUAUUUGGUGGUCGGAAGGAACCAAUGGACUACGAAAAUGUAGCGACUACAAUUUUCACACCAUUAGAAUAUUCAACUGUUGGAUUUAGUGAAGAAAAUGCAAUUAAAGUUCAUGGUGAAGAGAAUAUAGAAGUUUAUCAUGCGUUCUACAAGCCUACAGAGUUUUUCAUUCCACAGAAGAAUAUUGAAAACUGCUAUCUGAAAGUUGUGUGUCUGCGGGAAGCACCUCAGAGAGUGAUUGGCCUGCAUUUUGUCGGGCCCCAGGCUGGAGAAGUUAUGCAAGGCUAUGCAGCAGCCAUGAAGAGCGGUCUGACGAUGGAGACCUUGCAGAACACGGUGGGCAUCCACCCGACUGUGUCCGAAGAGUUCACGCGCGUCCGCAUCACGAAGCGCUCGGGGCUGGACCCGCACCCCGCCAGCUGCUGCAGCUAGAGGCCGUGUCGACACGGCCCGGCACGCACCCACAGUUCCUCUUUGCUUGCUCUCUGCGCCCGCUACGUGCUAUGACAUGCAGUUGUCUGUACUCGUGAUAGUUAUCUUCACACACACAGAAUAGUAUUUUAGAAUUACUAAAUUUUCAGUCGUCGUAGCGAUUCUGCACUGCUACUCAAGACCGAGUGAAUUCAAAAUGUUAUGAUUUUAGGAGAAUCGAAUAAAAUCCAGGGUUAUUGUAAGACAUAGAUUCCGAAUUCAUACAUGUAUGUACGAAAGAUAAAUAAAACUAGAUACCUAAUCUUGCAGAUAGUUGUAGAUUCAUUUUAGCUUCUCCUGAAUAUCUUAAAUUUUUGAAUUCUCCUCUCUUCCAUAUCAUCGUAGAAUCGUCUGAUCAAAAUUUAUGUUUACAUUGUUUAACUAGCACAAUGUUAAUAUAUGAAACUAAUAAUUUGUCAAAUAUAUUGUGUGUAUUAUUGUAUUUGGUUCAUGUCUUUAAUAAUUACUUGUAUGAAUUUGUUGGUAGCAUAAAUCAUAUGGCUAUAAUUUAUAAUAUAGAUUUACAUCUUGUUAAAAAUAAUAUUUCAAUUUCACAUUUGUUAACUAAUUUCUCAGGAAUGAUGUUACAAAUAUUGAAACUUACAACUUUUACUGCUAUCGGUAAACUUUUAAAUGUGUUUAAUUAUUUUGAAUUGUGAUGGAACUUUUUUCCAGUGGUAAAAUUUUUGGCUGUUUUCACAUUUUUAAAUUUAUUUUGAAAAUGAAAUUUCAAGAAUUAAAAAAAAUAUUAAUGUGCAGCGUAAUUGAUCUGAGGGAUAAUAUACAUACCUUAAGAGAAUUUAUCUUGUAUUGUUUGUGAUGAACAUGUACUUUUGCAGUGAUCCAAGAUAUUUAUAUCAGCUGCAAUCCUUUUGUACAGACUGGUGGUUGGUUGUCAUAUUAAAUUACUUUUGUACCUUUAAAA